ACCGGGAUGCGGAAGUCUUUCACGGGGAAGCGUUGUUUCCGGGGCUGUCCAGGCUGGUUGAACUGUGUCGGCCGCAUUGAGCGCUGAAGCUGAGGUCGUGGCCCACUAUGAGAGAGACUCUGCGGCCCGCAGCUUUGGAACUUUAAAGAACGAACAGUGUGGCUUUGGGAGAGUGGAGGAAAGAUGUCAACAGUAUGAGCUGGAAACCAUCUGAUCAGUCAGGAAGGAAUUAUGUAACGAUUGACUGUUGAUUAAAUGUUGAUUUACAUAAUCACUCCUGUGUAGACAGUAUUUUCACAACACUAAAUUUGUAAUGAAAUGGAGUCUGGAUCAAGCUCUUUCCGAGUGGAAUUUCCAGAUUUUUCAAGCACCAUUUUGCAGAAGUUAAAUCAGCAGCGCCAGCAAGGACAAUUAUGUGAUGUGUCCAUUGUAGUUCAGGGCCAUCUCUUCAGAGCCCAUAAAGCUGUUCUUGCAGCUAGUUCACCUUACUUCUGUGAUCAGGUUCUCCUAAAAAAUAGUAGGCGAAUAGUCCUGCCUGAUGUGAUGAAUCCAAGAGUAUUUGAAAACAUUCUUCUGUCUACCUACACAGGUCGACUGGUAAUGCCUGCUCCAGAGAUUGUUAGUUACUUGACAGCAGCAAGUUUCCUUCAGAUGUGGCAUGUAGUAGAUAAAUGCACUGAAGUGCUAGAGGGAAACCCAACAGUUCUUUGUCAGAAGAUGAAUCAUAGCAGUGACCAUCAGUCCCCAAGCAGUAGUAGUUACAAUGGCCUUGCUGAAACCUUUGAACUUGGAUCUGGAGGGCAGACAGAAUUCCACAAAGUGCAGGAACUGAGGGAUGGUGAAAAUGAAGAAGAGAGUUCUAAAGAUGAGCUAUCGUGUCAACUGACAGAACAUGAGUACCUCCCCAGUAAUUCUUCAACAGAGCACGACAGACUUAGUACAGGAAUGACGAGUCAGGAUGGUGAAGAAGGAACUAGUGAUAGUGCUGAAUAUCAAUAUACCAGACCUAUAUAUAGCAAACCCAGCAUCAUGUCUCACAAGCGAUGGAUCCAUGUGAAACCAGAAAGAUUUGAACAAGACUGUGAAGGUGUUGAUAAUCCUUAUGAUGAACAUCAAGUUUCUGAAUCCAUGAAUGCCAUUCAGGCAGAUCAUUCAAUCCAGUCUUCAGGUGUUGAAGACUUUCAUAUAGCUGACAAAAAGAUGGAAGCAGAAUUUGAUGAACAGGCAGAUGAAAGUAAUUAUGAUGAGCAAGUUGACUUCUAUGGCUCUUCUAUGGAAGAAUUUUCUGGUGAAAGGGCAGAUGGAAAUUUAAGUGCUCACAGACAAGAUCUUAUGAUAGCAACAGGCUAUGGUGAAGGCAUUGAAAUGGCUGCAGGAAUUAAAGAAGAAACGUCCCUCACUGGAUUCUCGCAUGCUGAUAAGCUUUAUCCUUGUCAGUGUGGUAAGAGCUUUACACACAAAAGUCAGAGAGAUCGGCAUAUGAGUAUGCACCUUGGUCUUCGACCUUAUGGGUGUGGUGUCUGUGGUAAGAAAUUCAAAAUGAAACACCAUCUUGUUGGCCAUAUGAAAAUUCAUACAGGCAUAAAACCAUAUGAAUGUAACAUCUGUGGGAAAAGAUUUAUGUGGCGGGACAGUUUUCAUCGGCAUGUGACGUCUUGUACCAAGUCAUAUCAAGCUUCUAAAGCUGAGCAGAGUACUACUGAGAUGAACUGAGACAUUAGAGCUUACAUUUGUUCAGUACAGUAAUAAAAAUAAACUAAUUAUUCAAAUA